CUGUGAUUAUUUUAUUUUUUCUCAUUUCGAAGUUCUUGACCUUGAAUUCUGAAAGUUUUUCUUUCAGCCAGGUUUCCUUGUAUUGCAUCACAUAACAAUAUUUUUUACUAUAUUAACGAUAAGUAAUAUAGAAAUAAAGUGGUGUGGCUCAGAAUGACUGUAAUUAAGGCAAAGAAGAAUCACAAGUUUCCCCCACUCACCUCUCCAACUUCUGAUGAUGAUACUUUGAGCCUAGACAAUGUUCAGGACAGUGAUGGGGACUCCUUACAGGAUGAAGGUCCAAGGACAAGUCCCAUUCGUUUUAGACUAGGCAAUGUUCAGGACAGUGAUGGGGCCUCCUUACAGGUCCAAGGCCCAAGAACAAGCCGCAUUCGGAAUGUCAAACGAAAAUCAGUACCAAUUGAGGAGGUAAAAAUAAGAAAGAACUUAGGGAGAAAGAAGUUGAGAAGAUAUGAGAAUCGUUGUGUACUUCAAAGUCUCAUUGAGGAAGAUGAAAAGGAAAACCAUGUUGUUAUCAUGGAAUCAUACAAGGGUCCUUUCACCAGAUUGCUAGAAGAUAAAUCUGCCAUGGAGUACUGGAAUGAAUUCAUUGAAAAAUCCGAAAAGGAACAAACAGAAAUUGUCAAAGCCUUGUCCAAUAAGUAUCAUUCACUGCCAGAUUGUACAGUUGACUCUGAUAUACCGGGAAGAAUUUCUUCCAGAAUCAGACGCACCUUCAAAUUAAAAAAAAACCUGUCUCUAGUAACUGUCCGUGAGUGCGAAGAAGACUUGAUUGAGUUUUUCAAAGCCAGGCCUGAAGAUAUUUAUGUUAGAAUACCGCCAACUAGUUUUGACAGGCUUCUGAUCCAUGCCGUUGCUCAGUACCAUAGGCUGAAGUCAAUAAGUAAUUAUGUUGAUGAGGGAACACGUCGAUCAGUUGAAGUACAUAACACGAGGGAUAAUUGGAGUCCUGCUAACUGUCAACUGUCUGAUUUCAUUGAACGAUUGAGAAAAUGAGAAGGCAUUUGAAGUUGAAAGAGUACUUUAUCCCAGUGGAUGGCUAAUAUAUAGUUUCUAAGUAUAUGUAUAAGAUAACUUUAUUUGUGAUAAUCUCAAAGAGAUGUGUAAAUUUUAUUUGACAAAAAUUGUCUUGGGUAAUGUUUUAAGGCUCUUUUUUUCCGAUAUUUCAUUAUUGUUCUCAUGUACAAUUUAUAGAUUUUCAUUUAUAUAUAUAUAUUCGUUGUGUUUUAUGCAUUUUAUGUCAUGUGAUUUGUUAAGGCUCAGUUGGAUUUUGUGAAGUAAUUGUUAUUUUUAUUAAUUGAUUUUGCAAAAAAAUUCUAUUUUGUUACCAACUCACAAAUUUCUAACUAGUUACCGUUAAGAAUUUUUGUGGAAUAUUGAAACAAUGUUGUAAGAUUUCAGCAGUUACCAUGUCUUGAAUGAAUUAUGUUGUAUGUGAUUUUAUGUGGAUUACAAAAUGUACGUAUAACGUGGGAGGAACAUACGCUGAAACGGAUUUUUGUCAUGUUUCUUUUCUCCAAUAAAUCACCACAGUUUUAUCUCGAA